AUGACGCGGGAUUCGCUUCGCCGACUUCUGCGUCUUUCGCAACAUCCGACGGCCGUCGAAGAACCCAACGUGGGCACAAAAGAAGAAGAAAAAUGAGAAGGGAUUUCAGAACGCCGCCGUUCUGAUUCUGCUCGACGGCAACAGUGAAGACGUCCGCGUUUUUCUUUGCGUACGCUCCAAGAACCUCAGACGGCAUCCUGGAGAGGUCAGAGCACUUUAUCGCUAGUCUGACAUGUUAUUAGGAGUUUCAGAGUUGCCCCUAUUGGGUUAAAAACAAAGUGGUCCCUAAAGUGGUUCAGAAUCUGACCACUUAGCCUUUAAAUCAAGUGGUUCCUAAAGGGGUUUUUAAAUUCAUAUAAAAACAUAGGGUUAGGUGAGAACAGCCCCUAGAGGGGCCGAAAAAGUGGUCCCUAUGGGGGUUUAAGGUUUGACCCCUUAGCCCUCAAAUCUUAAGUGGUCCCUAAAGGGGUUUUUCAAAUUCAUUUUUAAAAAAAGCGCUUUUUGAUUUAACUUUUCACGCAGAAUACGUAGAAAUUAUCGAUUAGAAUUUUCCAUAUAGAAACCACUUUUGCAGGCUUUAGUGGCCCUUAAAGGUGUUGGUGAAGUGCUCCCAGGGACCCCUAUAGGGACCACUCUUUAGUCAAUUCACGUUCUCUUUUCCAUCUUUUUUUUCAUAAAAGUAUCCAGAAAUAAUUAAAUAAAUUAAGGAACAAUAUCUGAAUUUUUCGCUUUUUCAAGUCAUAAUGCAUAGUGGGAAUGAUAAGAUUUUCAAGCUAAAAAUAUUGAAAAUGAAAUUUAUGAACAAAAUUCAAUGCGUCAUUUCUAGUACGUCCAAAAUUUCAAAUAUUCGGAUUAGCUGAGAUAUUCGCUAACAAUUGCUACGCGUAGGCAAUGUCAGAAGCAAGAAAAAAAAAGUUGGGCCGUUCAUCAACGAUGUUAAUGGGUCGUUUGAAGUUGAACAUCGAAAGAUUGAGAGAACCAAAAAAAAAUGAAACGAGCCGACAAAGAUGAACGACCAUGUGUCGACCAGCUUCUAGAUAGCUUCUUCAGUCACUUUUAACAUCUCAAAGACAGCUAGAACUGAUUUCCGAAAAAGAAAAUCGACUCAAUUAUCAGGUCUGUUUUCCCGGCGGAAUGAUGGAUCCAGAAGACGAAGACGUGCGCUGGACAGCUAUGAGAGAAGCCGAAGAAGUAAGUCAGCGGCUUUCUUUUUUUUUACAAGAAAGGUAAUUUUACUUUGCGGUUGGGAAUUUCCUGAAAAUUGACCAGAACACUCCUUGAUGUACCAGAAGAAGUUUCUAAUUGCAUAACUUCCUAGUGACACCUCAAAGUCAAAGAAAACUCUGAAAACACUUUAAAUAUCCAGCUUUUGAGUCCAUAUUUUUUGAAAACUAGGUAGUUUUGCAUGUUUAAGAAUCUUCUUCUGGAAGAUUGGAGAGUAUUCAGGCCAAUUUUCAUAAAAAAUCCCAACUGCAAAGUAAAAUGACCUCCCUUGUUAAAUUAUAAACCAGCUUCACUACACUGCUUGAAGCUAAAUUCAAAAUAGCCGCCGAAAAUUGAAAAUUACAACUUAACUUUGGAUCUUCAGAGAUUAUUUUGAAUUUGGCGAAAAUUACAUUGAACACGCAUGUGCGAGAGCGUCGCAGUGCAUGCACAAAACACACCGCAUUUUACGGAAAAAAUAUGGGCCGGGCGUCACCAAAAAAACGCCGUGAAUAAAAAAAAAUUUGCCUUUAUUUCGGAAAAGGAACGAAGGGCAUAACGGCAAAGACAAGGUUGCGCGGAAGCGAAAAAGAAAAACUCGGAGAAUAGCAAAUGAGAGGGUAUUAUGUACCAGGAAAGAGAAAAGAAAAGUUGAAGGUGUUUGGGGCGGCAAAGGCAAUAAAUUUGGACGGAGCCGCGCGCGCGAAAAAACGGCGGAGCGAUUAAUCGGAGGGUCGUCUUUCCUCGGUUGGCCGCGGUUCCCAGACGCGUCGUGCCAUUACCGCGCCACGACACGGUCUUCGUCGUUUCCAGAAGUGUCAACAUCGCGAAACACCUUCGAACCUCGUUGAACAUUGAAAAGCUCCUCGAAACGAAUCUCUGUCUCGGGCAAAGUCGGAAUGGUGGAUAAUGGCCGCUAAAAGGGGGAAGCUCGAAAAAGGUAGCGAAAAGAGUCCCUCUAUCGAGCCUUCCAUUUUUUAAAUUUUAAAGGCUCAAGAAAUGGUGGAAAAAGGGAGAGGCAGCAAAAAGGGUGCAUAAGAGCCGAUAAAAUAGCGCAAAAAGGCAGAAAAAAAGGAAAAUUUCUAUGAGACCUUUUUCCACCCUUCCCGACUUUGCCUAGGUAAAGAUUUCGCUUGAAAAUUAACACUUUUCUCAAAUCAAUUUUUUUCGCUGCCCCUUUGCCUCUGUUCAAGAUGUUAAAAUUUUUUGAAAAACUAAAUGUUUAACGUUAAAAUCAUAAUUAUUUGAAGCAAGUUAACUUGUUUGUCGAUUAUUUUCAAUAGGUUAAAUGUUUGCCUUUGUUUUGAUGAUUCACCUUUAUAGCAUUCACCCUGCGCAACGUGAAAACAGCCAAUAGGGACCACGGAGAUUUUCAAUUUUUCGGUCAGCACUCUGAGGGAAUAUGAACCAAAAUUGAUACCAGCAACAAACUUUUGCAGUAAUCAUUCCUGACCGUUUAAUAUUAAUAUAAAUUUUUACAGUACCAAAUUUAGUCUAUGAAGGAAUUAUAAAAAAGUGAUCCUGAGAGGUCAUUUGGAAUCAGCGUGAAAAACUACAUUUAAAAAAACUUUACCUCAUUCAGAAGUCUCCCUGCGAUCGGAGACUAUUGAUGCUACUUCAAACUAACGAGAUUUAAAAAAUUUCAACAACCAUUUUAAAAAAAAUUCAAGUUGAAAACUUGAAAAAAAAUUUGGAUUAUGCGAUAGUGCCUCUCGGUGUUUACACCCAAAGCACCAUAAUUUACGAAACUUAUCGACAAAACUUGAUACGCGUAUUAAAAAAAACCGCGUGAGAAUAUUCAGCACAAAGUAUUAAAAAAAGAAAACAAAAAUGUGCUAAUUUUGCAGGAAGUUGGAAUUUUGCCAACGGACUAUGAAGUCCUCGGCAACAUGCCGAUGUUUCGUGCCCGCUUCGGGAUCCUGAUCCAUCCGACCGUCGCUUUUUUGAGGUUGGAAUGGAAAUGAGGUUGAGCGUCAGUUUUUAUUUCCAGAAACUCAUGGGAACUGCGUCUGAAUCCAGAUGAGGUCGAGUUUGUCUUCUGGCUGCCACUUUGUAAGUUUUGCCAUCCUUCAAUCGAAAUAUUGAACCAAAUGAUUGAGCUCGUUUCCUGAAUGAUGACGUUCAUUCAUCCAUGCAGGUCGAUUCCCAUUAUCUCGUUCAUAUUUUUAACGUAAGCUUUGUUUCGAAAAAAUUACAGUAACAUUUUUCUGUUCAAAUAUGGUAGUUUUGCAGUUCCCUGAGGCAACCACCUAUGGAAUAACGGCGUUGCUGUGCAUUCUGGUCUCGAUGGGAGCCCUGCAGCGGAAGCCUGACUUCGACCUGCUUGUCGACUUGUCCGUCGCUGAUCUCCCUUCGAAUUCUGUCGCUGCCAUCAUAGUUCACGCCUACUCUGUUUGCAGUCAAAAAUUUUUCAAUACAGUCGAAAAAUUUGAGUUAUUUAUUUUUUUGAAAUGAAAAAAAUUUUUGGACAAAAUUUUUUUACUAUCGAUAUAUAAUUUUUUUAGCUUAAAAAAAAUUAUUUUUUUCCAUUCAAAAAAAUUAUAUAAACUUCGACAGUAUGUAAAUUGUCGUUGGCGGUGUAUGCACAAGAAACAGCAUAUUUGACGACAUUUUUGCUCUGGAAACGUCGUUCAUCGUAAAAUAAAAGGAUUUAUUGAAUUAUUCCUAUUCAGGAAAGAAACAGAUUUUCGAUAGAAAAAUACAUUAAUAGUGAUAAAUUUGUCAGUGGGCCCGUAUUGACAACUUGAGCGGAUCAAGAUGUUCUUGUAG